AGGCCCGCGCGGGCCUGGCCAUUCGCGACCGGGAGCUGAGCGGGCGCGAGCGGGUUGAGGCUCGGGUGGGCUGCGGCAGCAGCGGCGCCCCUCGCGGGCUGGAGGCCGCCAAGGCUCGCCAUGCCGGGAGGACUGUAGCUGCCCCAUGGAGUCGGCCGACUUCUACGAGGCGGAGCCGCGGCCCCCCAUGAGCAGCCACCUCCAGAGCCCCCGGCACGCGCCCAGCAGCGCCGCCUUCAGCUUUCCCCGGGGCGCGGGCCCCGCGCAGCCCCCGGCCCCACCUGCCGCCCCGGAGCCGCUGGGCGGCAUCUGCGAACACGAGACGUCCAUCGACAUCAGCGCCUACAUCGACCCGGCCGCCUUCAACGACGAGUUCCUGGCCGACCUGUUCCAGCACAGCAGGCAGCAGGAGAAAGCCAAGGCGGCCACGGCCCCCGCGGGAGGCGGCGGCGGUGACUUUGACUACCCGGGCACCCCCGUGGGCCCCGGAGGCGCCGUCAUGCCCGGAGGGGCGCACGGCCCCCCUCCCGGCUACGGCUGCGCGGCGGCUGGCUACCUGGACGGCAGGCUGGAGCCCCUGUACGAGCGCGUCGGGGCGCCGGCUCUGCGGCCGCUGGUGAUCAAGCAGGAGCCGCGCGAGGAGGACGAGGCGAAGCAGCUGGCGCUGGCCGGCCUCUUCCCCUACCAGCCGCCGCCGCCGCCUCCGCCACCGCACCCGCACCCGCACCAGCCGCCCGCUCACCUGGCCGCCCCGCACCUCCAGUUCCAAAUCGCGCACUGCGGCCAGACCACCAUGCACCUGCAACCUGGCCACCCCACGCCGCCGCCCACGCCAGUGCCCAGCCCGCACCCAGCGCCCGCGCUUGGCGCCCCUGGCCUGCCAGGCCCCGGCGGCGGGCUUAAGGGGCUGGGCGCCGGGCACGCAGACCUCCGAGCGGGCGGCGGCGGCGGCGCGGGCAAAGCCAAGAAGUCGGUGGAUAAGAACAGCAACGAGUACCGGGUGCGGCGCGAGCGCAACAACAUCGCCGUGCGCAAGAGCCGGGACAAGGCCAAGCAGCGCAACGUGGAGACUCAGCAGAAGGUGCUGGAGCUGACCAGUGACAAUGACCGCCUGCGCAAGCGGGUGGAACAACUGAGCCGCGAACUGGACACGCUGCGGGGCAUCUUUCGCCAGCUGCCCGAGAGCUCACUGGUCAAGGCCAUGGGUAACUGCGCGUGAGGCGCGGCGGCGGGACCGCCCUGGGCCGGCCCGUGGCUGGGACACAGGGAGUGGUUUCGGGUCUCCGGAUCUCGACAGCCCGACCCGUGCAAGCCAGGACUAGGAGAUUCCGGUGCCGCCUGAAGGCCUGGCCUGCGGCGCGUGCCCCUUGCCUUCCUCAGCGCCAGACUCGGUGCGUCUAAGAUGAGGUCAGGCAGUGGUUUCUCUCUGCAAGAGAGGAGAAGCUCUGUGGGGCUCAGCCGGGAGCCCCGCAACUCUAGUAUUAAGAAAUAGCCUUGUGCCUUGGAAAUGCAAACUCACCGCUCUGAUUCCUACCGAGUAGGGGGAGCAAAUACGUGCCUUGUCAUUUUAUUUGGAGGGUUCCUGCCUCGUUCCUGGGGCUGCAGCAGGUCCCUAUGAGAGAAGAAGGGGUCAGGUCCACAACAAGAGGAAGAUUCAGGUUGCAGAGAGCCAGACAAGCCAACCUCAGCCCCUCCUCAGUGCCCAUCCUUGGAGGGGAAGGAAACACAGGGACUUGGGGCUUUGAACCUAAGGUUGUUCCCCCAGUUUUACAUGUAGGUGGAGGGUCCCUAGUUACUUUCCUCUAACCUCCCAGUCUGCAACAGGCUGGGCUUCCCCAGGCAGAACUCACUGAGAUGGGAUCACCAGGUGACCUCUAGGAGCCCCCUGCCCCUGGUCAGACCAGAAAGCUAGGUUGUGGGUUAGCCAUAAGGACAUGUGUUCAUGGGAGUGGUAGCCUGGUAGAAGAGGGGAACCCAGAAAUCUGGUCUGGUGGUGGGGGCUGGGGGUGAAGGGACACUGGGACCAUCAGCCUUGUCUGUACUGUAUGUCGCCAGCAUUGCCAUACAAACAUGAAGCACAAUCAGUCCAUCCCAUAGGGACUGAAAUUAUGAGAAGCUUUCCAAAUAUUUUGCUUUAUCAGCCGAUAUCAACAUUUGUAUCUGGCCUCUCUGUGUCCCAGUGGUGCCUUGUGCAAUGUGCAUGUGCACGUCUAUGUUAAGCCACCAUUUUAUUUGGUUUUUGUUUUGUUUUGGUUUUGCUCAGAUACUUGCCAAAAUGAGACUCUUCGUCAGCAGCUGCAGGGAGGGUCUGUGGCUCUCUUUCCUUUGGGUUUUGGGAUUGCUUUUGCUCCCAGGGGAACCAAAGAAGUGAGAUGGGCUUCCCCUUUCCCCCAGCUUUCCCUGGGGGUGGCAGUGGGCUGAGGUCCCCUCUGGCCUGGGCUGCCUACAGGCUUGUCCCUCCAGAGGCCCUGGCUCCCAGUCUGGAAGGGAGGCGGCUUCCAGCCAGCAUGCACAGAUUGCUGGGGCUGGGAGCAGGGAAGGACAGCUUGGUUCUCUUCUUUUGGGAGAACAUAGAGUUUCAUGCUAGAUGUUUUAUGUAUUAUAUCUAUAAUAUAAACAUAUCAAAGUGAA